AAGAAGAGCAUAAGCGAGCGCCACCCCUUCAUAUUGAUCGUAGCCGGCUGCUAAACAUGGCGCCGGGGGUGGCGUUCGCGAUCGGCCUGAUCCUCGUCGUCGGACAGCUGAAGGAAGGGCCAGGCACCCUCACGAAGACCUUCACCUUCCCCGAAUAUCCGUACAAGGAGACAACCAAGAAUGAACUUCUCUUCAGGCAGUUCGAGCAGGCUUGCGAGGAGAGCGGCGCUUGCAAGAUUAUAUCGCCAGAAAGAAACAGCAUGGCCAAAACUAGAUGCAUUCGCGAAUGCGUGUCACCGUCCUGUUACAAAGAGAUCUACUUGUUCGACCAGCUAGAAGAAGGCGAGAUCGACGUCAGAUUAAACUCCUUCAAGGGUUGCUUCAUGCAGCGCAACGGGCGACCGCGAAAGUAACAAAAACUUGCUGUCCCUUGAAAAGAAACUGAAGGGACGAGUACGACCGCCGAGCGACUGCGAAAGUCGAGCGAGCGUGGAUUCUAUAAGCGACGCGACAGACGCACACCACACGAACCGCGCGUCCGACCAGUUCCCGAGAUAAAAGAAAUAUGAGAAUUUUUAAGAUACAUCAUCCGGCCGAUGCAUUUAGAGAGCGAGAAGAGCAAUCAAGCUAUUUAGCGAUCGCAACAACAGACAGAAACAGAAACCACUAUAUUUCAGGAUUACGCUGAAGCGCACGCGGACGGAUUAAAUUCGUCCCCGAUUAAUCUUUUUCUACUUUUUGUACGCACGUAUUUAACAUGUUACAAUGUUAUAUCGAGGCAAUGUUGCACAGAUCGAAUAAACUGUUAAAGCAAAA